CCCUGCUUCCCUUCCUCUCUCCCAAGCCUGAGCAGAUAACUAACCACCAUCUCUCGGCUUCUCGCAGGCUUCCACCUCUCGGGCACUGUGAUGUGUACCCGAAGCUCCCUGGGUCCUCCCGCCGCGGCAGCCACCACCACCACCACCACGGCUGUCGACUCCACCACCACCUCCACCACCACCUCCACCACAACCACUACCACCACCACCAACACCACCCCAUCCACCUCCACGGCCCCAUUCAAGUGCCAAGUCUCCAUAUCCUUUGACAGGUGCAAGAUAACGUCGGUCACGUGUUCCUGCGACACGCGCGACAUCUUCUGGUGUCCGCACGUGGUGGCGCUCUCCCUCCACCGCAUCCGCCACGCCGACACCGUCCAGCUCAGGAUACCCAUCUCAGAGACGCUGCUGCAGAUGGACCGGCAGCAGCUGCAGAAGAUGAUGCAGUACCUGAUCAGUGAGCACCACACAGAGGUGCUGCCCACCGCCCAGAAGCUGGCUGACCAGAUCCUCCAACACAGCCAUCCCAUCAACCACAUCCAAGGUGCCCCGGACCCCACAGCAGGAGGCAGUGCAGAGGAGGAGCACUGCUGGCACCUGGAUGCGGAGCAGGUGAAGGAGCAGGUGGGGCAGUACCUCACUCAGGGUGGCUACUACAAUGCCAACAAGCAGCUCUACUUCAUGUUCACGAAGGUUCGUGAGAUGGUCCGAGCAAGAGACAGUAAUGGUGCUAAAAUGCUCACAAUGAUCACUGAGCAGUUCCUUAAUGAUCCCAGACUCUUAUUGUGGAAAACCCAGGGUACUCCCAUGACUGACAAGUGUCGGCAGCAUUGGGACCAUAUAGCUGCUCUGUGGGUGUGUGUGGUGCUGGCGCCUCACUGUGGUUCCAUGGAGAAGCAGCGGUGGCAGAAGACUCUGGAGCAGUGGGCACAGACUGAUGUGUGUCCCUUGGAGGAUCCAGACCACAGGCACCAGGAUAAUAAUGACAGGAAUCACUCAGCAGCGUACUACAUGAGUACUGAUGAGGAGUCCAGUGAUGAAGAUAAUGAGCUGAGGAGAAGAGACCCAAACAGAGAUGGCCACAACAGAGAUCCCUUCCACCGCCACCACCACAACCCCCACCACAACAACCAAAGAGAUGUGCGAGACAGGGACAGAGACAGAAGGUCAUCACACAGGCGUCACAAGAGGCGGAGGAUUUCAGCCCCUCCUCGAACCAUUUUCCACCGGGCCAUAGAUGCCUGCACCAUGUCCUGGGAUGACCACCACCUGAGGACCAUCCUAGCAGGAGAAACUCCGGUGCUCAGGACCUCCCAACACUCUUCCUCUUACUACAAUGAACAUGGUCAACCUCUGUGGCAUGAACCAGUUCCUGUUGCCUGUUCCCGCGUGGAUGCGUUGCGGUCCCAUGGUUACACCUGUGAGGCACUACGGCUUGCAGUGGCUGUGGUGCGAACCUUGAAGCAAGCACAGAGGGAAGCAUACCUUUGGUGGGGGAGCAAGAGGGAUGAGAUGCUUCCAAGGUGUUCUGCCUCUAGAGCUUGUAGAUCUCUUGGUCCUGGAGCAUUAGAAAGCUGGGUGGGACAUCCUUUAGAUCCAAUAACUUGUCUCUUUGAUACCUUAGCAGAAGCAUCCCUCUUACCUGAAGACUUACCAAGAUUCCAGUACCAUAGUGAUUGGCUAGGAGUAGCAAAUGAAGAUGCUACCAACCUUGCACCACUGAGGUAUCGCCAUGUUCCCGUCCCUGGAUCCAGUGACCCCUGGGAAUCCUACCUCACCCUGGCCUUAGAAGCAGCUCUUAUUGGUCUAGGACAGCAACGUGCUAUGCCACCUGGGCUGUACGCUCAGGAAAAGGCCUGUAAGCAAGAAGAGAAGAUGAUCCUCAAACUUCAAGAACUCAACCUAGAUUCCCCUCUGUUGGCAGUGUUGCGGCGACAAGCCAGGCUGCUUCUGGAAGGUGGACCAUUCUCUGGCUUAGGGGAAGGCAUCCACCCAGAGAGUGUGCCCAUGCACACCUUUACAAAGUUCCUAUUUACAGCUCUUUUGCCACAUGAUCCUGAUUUAGCAUAUCAGCUGGCUUUAAGAGCAAUAAGGUUACCUAUCUUAGAAGAUCAUGAUGAUGUAGAUGACCCAGUCAACGGAAACGUGUCUUCUUUGGUGCUGUCUCGAUAUCCCAGAUGGUUCACUUUAGGACAUAUUGAAACUCAGCAAUGCACUCUUGCUUGUACUAUGAUAAAUGCAGCUAAGAAUGAUGUGAUGCGUCUACGCUCAGUCCUGGAUGCUGCCCUGAGGAACAUCCAUAGUUCUUCACACCUUUUCAAGCUGGCUCAGGAUGCUUUUAGGUUAGGUUUGCCUGGAGAGGGACAGAGGAACUCACUUCUGCUCAAUGCUGCUCUUGAACUAGGACUCCAGGUCAUGAGGAUGACACUCACCUCACUAAACUGGAGGCGGCGAGAGAUGGUGCGCUGGUUGGUGACGUGUGCCACAGAAGUUGGGGUCUCGGCUCUCAUUUCUAUAAUGCAGAACUGGUUCACUCUCUUCACUCCAACGGAAGCAACUGGGGCUGUGGCGUCCAACAUCAUGAGUCACACCACAGUCAUGCGGUUACAGCUGGACCGGUCUAAACAAGAUGAGCUUGCUGCAUGUGCCAGAUCUUUAGCUUUGCAAUGUGCCACUAAAGACCCACCAAACUGUGCUCUGAAUGCCUUGACUCUGUGUGAAAGUGAUCCAGUAUCCUUUGAAACUGCCUAUCAAGUUGUUGUAGAUGCAGCUGCUCACACCAUGUCAUCUUCCCAAUUGUUCACCAUUGCUCGCUACAUGGAACACCGUGGCUACCCACACCGUGCUUACACUUUAGCAAUGCUGGCAAUGCGCAGUGUUCAUCUGGCAUACAACCAGGAUCCUCACCCAGCGAUCAAUGAUAUCCACUGGGCCGUGGCGUUGGCUCACUCCCUCGGUCGUGUAGAAUUAUCACAGCUUCUUCCGGUGCUCAUCAAGAAUGUCCAAUGUGCCACUGUGUUAUCUGAUGUUUUGCGGCGCUGCUCCCUCUCAGCUCCAGGCAUGGCAUGUCCAGACUCCAAACGUAGACCAAUAAAGCCAUUAGCUUUUGAUAAAGCUCCUCUACGAGGCCUCCUUGAAGCCACCAUUCUUGCUUACAUCAACACAACUAACUCACGUUUGACUCAUAUAUCUCCAAGACAUUACCAAGAUUUCAUAGACUUUUUAACUAAAGCUCAUGAAACAUUUAUGCUUGCCCAUGAUGGACACAUUCAAUUUGCACAGCUUAUUGAGAACAUGAAGGUAGCAUACAAAGGCAAGAAAAAGCUCAUGUGCUUAGUGCGGGAACGAUUUGGCUGAUGUUUAGUGAAUCGCUAUCAAAGACACUGUAGAAAAUGCUUCAGUAAAGCAUUAAGUUCUUCCCAUUAAACACAAGUAUAUUGAAAUGUUUGCCGUUGUGAGAGCCAGAUACAGUUUACACAAGCAAUUGUACUGCAUUGAAACAUAUGUUGAAAUGGCAUCAGUUCUUCAUUAUUGCUCACAAGUGAAAAACAAAAAACAAAAUAUGUAUUUCUUCAGCAAAGUGAAGUGGUACUUUUUUUUUUCCAGGAGUGUGAUGCAGAUGUCUGAGUUCCAAUAAUUAAAUCUUAUGUAAUAUUUCCAUUUAUAAUAUUUGAUAAGUUUUUCUGUCAGGUUUUUAAUCUCAUCAUUUUUUGUUAGGCCAAUGAUGUUCAUUUCAGAGUAUGUGCAACAAAUAUUUUUUUUGCAAAGAACUGCACAGUUCUAUUAUUUUUUACUACUUCUGUUUGUAUAUUAUUUAUUCAGUUGCUAUUGCAAGUACAUAUUGUGUAUUUAUACCAAAGAUUAGUGAGAAACAGAUGGGUUAGCAUUUUGCAUCCAAUCCUGAGCUGCAAGCAAGCCCAGUUGAUAGUGUGAUACUAUGCUAAGUGGAAUCCCACCUCUUACGCCCAUAUCACGCGGAGUUGGUACCGUCAGGGACUCCAGUACAAACCAUGGCAAAGUUCACAGGCUGUAAAAUGUUCUGGCUCUGUAGAUGCUCUUAUCCAAACCAAGGAAUGAUGUGCUUCAAUACACCAAGUUGGUCUGUCAUAACACACAGAGGAGCCAAGAACUGUAUAUUCCUCUGACAAAUGUCAUAAAUGGUAAUGUCCUUUUUCCAUACAUGUUCCAUGAUAUGCCUCAAAGCUAUGUAUUAGUCAUGAAAACUGGUAAGAGGAAUCAUGAGCCUAAGCAUUUAGUGUAUGUGAAUGCAGCCUAUUUUGUCAGGCUUAUCUAAGUCUCUACCCUGCAAUAUAAUAUGUGGGUUGAAGAUGAAGAUUCUGUUACAAAUAUCUUUGGACGGGUUAUCUGAUGAUUAGAUAAAUGUUACCUUGCAGUCAAAAUAAGCAUUUGGAGCUGUAAAAUUGGAAAAGCCUUUAGUUAUGUGCAAGAUAUGGCCACAGGCACUAAUAUUUAUGUGUAAUGAAUAUAAAUGGUAAAAUGAUAACUUUCAAAAAUUUAAAUCUUGCUUGCCUCCUGCAGGCAGUCACAAUUAUGUACAGUAAUUCCAGGGAUUGAAUGCAAAAACGCUUCAGAAAAAUUUUAAAGUAGAAUAAUUUCAUUAUUCAUAACUAAGGGCCAAACUCUAACCCAUUCACACAGUAACAUCCUGUUAUUGCAGGAGGUCAACUAAUUUGAAAUACUGUAUUUAGUCGGAAAUAUUGUGCUGCUGUAGUGCUGCCUCUCUUAGUAAAGUUAAUUUCCGACAAUAAUGCACUUUAGUGAUCUACCUCUGUAUCCUUAUGUAGCAAACACAGCCGUGGCCUAUGUAGAUGGUUGUUUUUGUUUGCUGUCUUGCCAUAUCUUCAAAAGGUCCAGUGUGUUAUGUAUAUGAUCUCAUGUCUAAGGACAAAAAAAGUCUCUUUUUAGACUAUAGAUUUUUCAAGUGUAUAUAUAUACAUAUACAUAUAUAUACAUAUGUGUGUAUUUAGUGUAUAAGGUGCCACAGUGCCCUCUGGCAUGGUUGUUUUAGGUCUCAUUUUUAGUACCUUUACACUUCAGUGUGACUUUCCUUCUGUUCCUGCUUCCAUGAGUGCUGGAAUCUGCUCCUUAUUUAUAGCCUGUCAGAAUAUCAGGGGUAUUUUUGGUACUGCAUGGUAAGGUGGAAUCAAUUGAGAUAUAACUUUUUAGGGCCAUGUUAAUCAAUUAGUCAGAGGUAUUUUUAGCUUUUUUUUUUUAUACAAUGGAUAGGAAUUAGUUUAAUUAGUGUUAUAUUUUAUUACUCUGAUGUUAAUGCUUGUUUUACCCCUUUUUUUAAAAAGGAACUUUUGUUGCCUAUUGUUACUACUGGUAUUAAGUUAUUUAUGUACAAACUAUUAUAUGCUGGUCAAUACCAAUGCCUCCUCAGACUUCCAAAAUGGUUAUGUAUUGCACAUUUACACAGUGAGGCUCUAAGUCCUAUGUGUGAUUAACAGCAUGUAUGUAAAUAUUCAUAUGUCAAUAAUUUAAAGCCCAUAUCUUCAAAAGCUUCAUCAGCCCAUUCUUGAUGUGUAUUGUGUCUGUAUAGGUCUGUGUCUACAUCCAAAUAGCCUACAAAAGUUGUCAAUAUUUUUUCAGUAGUAAAGAUGGGUAUGUUUUGUUGGUGGGUGUUGGCUUUCCAUUAUUUUUUACUUGCUGUCUUGUGUGGGCAAGCUGUAUAUGUAACAUAAUUAUGGGAGGUAAUGAGGUACACCACCAAUGAGUUGUUUCUAUGAAGCGAAUGAUUCAAGUUGGUUUAUCACAUCCCAUGUAUGCAUGCAUUGUAUAUGCUUUCUCCAUCUACCUUUGGGAAUGUUAAGUAAUUCAUAGACAGCGAGAUUCAAGGGUAUACACCACUCAGUAUUUUAGAUAGGUUCAUCUUCUAGAGUAUUUGCAUCCUAUUUA